AUGUCGUAUAACGAUAAUAAUCAUAAUAACUAUUAUGAUCCUAAUCAACAACCGCAAGGUCAGGGUCAUGAUGGUUAUUAUCAACAACAACCUUAUGACAUGGUAAAUCAACAACAAGAUUAUUAUGAUCCUAAUAUGCAAUAUCAGCAACAAGCAUAUGAUAUGGAUGGAUAUCAAGAUGGAAAUUAUCAACAACAACCAGGUUAUAAUCAAGAUCCUGAAGCUUUUAGUGAUUUUAGUUAUGGAGGUCAAACUCCAGGAACUCCUGGUUAUGAUCAAUAUGGUACUCAAUAUACUCCAAGUAAUAUGAGUUAUGGAGGUCCAAGAUCAUCAGGAGCUUCAACACCAAUUUAUGGUGGUAAUUAUGAUCCAACUCAAUUUCAAAUGUCAUCAAAUUUACCUUAUCCUGCUUGGAGUGCUGAUCCUCAAGCUCCAAUUAAAAUUGAACAUAUUGAAGAUAUCUUUAUUGAUUUAACCAAUAAAUUUGGUUUCCAAAGAGAUUCAAUGAGGAAUAUGUUUGAUUAUUUUAUGACUUUAUUAGAUUCAAGAGCUUCAAGAAUGUCACCAGCUCAAGCUUUAUUAAGUUUACAUGCUGAUUAUAUUGGUGGUGAUAAUGCUAAUUAUAAAAAAUGGUAUUUUGCUUGUCAACAAGAUUUAGAUGAUUCAAUUGGUUUUGCUAAUAUGACAAUGGGAAAAAUUGGUAAAAAAGCUAGAAAAGCUUCUAAAAAAUCUAAAAAAGCUAGAAAAGCUGUUGAAGAACAUGGUGAAGAUUUAGAAGCUAUUGCUAAUGAAUUAGAAGGUGAUUAUUCAUUAGAAGCUGCUGAAGUUAGAUGGAAAGCUAAAAUGAAUAAUUUAACCCCAGAAGAAAGAGUUAGAGAUGUAUCAUUAUAUUUAUUAUUAUGGGGAGAAGCUAAUCAAGUUAGAUUUACUCCAGAAUGUUUAUGUUAUAUUUAUAAAACAGCUUUUGAUUAUUUAUUAUCACCUCAAUGUCAACAAAGACAAGAACCUGUUCCUGAAGGAGAUUAUUUAAAUCGUGUUGUUACACCAAUUUAUAGAUUUAUUAGAUCUCAAGUUUAUGAAAUUUAUGAUGGUAGAUUUGUUAAAAGAGAAAAAGAUCAUAAUAAAAUUAUUGGUUAUGAUGAUGUUAAUCAAUUAUUCUGGUAUCCUGAAGGUAUUUCAAGAAUUAUUUUUGAAGAUGGUACUAGAUUAGUAGAUAUUCCUCAAGAAGAAAGAUAUUUAAGAUUAGGUGAAGUUGAAUGGAAGAAUGUUUUCUUUAAAACUUAUAAAGAAAUUAGAACUUGGUUACAUUUAAUUACAAAUUAUAAUAGAAUUUGGAUUUUACAUAUUUGUAUUUAUUGGUUCUAUAUUUCAUGGAAUUCUCCAACCCUUUAUACUUUACAUUAUUUCCAAACUUUAAAUAAUCAACCAGUUCAAUCUUCAAGAUUUGCUGCUGCAGGUAUUGGAGGUGUUAUUGCAUCAUUUAUUCAAAUUGUUGCAACUGUUUGUGAAUGGUUAUUCGUUCCAAGAGAAUGGUCAGGUGCUCAACAUUUAACUAGACGUUUAAUGUUUUUAAUUUUGAUUUUUGUUGCUAAUUUAGCUCCGGUUGUUUUCACAUUUUAUUGGGCAGGUUUAGCUUCAAUUUCAAGAGUUGCAUUAAUUGUUUCAAUUAUUGGUUUUGUUAUUGCUAUUGUAUCAGUCAUUUUCUUUACUAUUAUGCCAUUAGGUGGAUUAUUUACCAGUUACAUGAAUAGAAGAUCAAGAAGAUAUUUAGCUUCUCAAACUUUUACUGCAUCAUUUUCAAAAUUACAUGGUUUAGAUAUGUGGUUAUCAUAUGUUUUAUGGGUAUUGGUUUUCUUUGCUAAAUUCAUUGAAUCUUAUUUCUUCUUAGUUAAAUCUAUGAUUGAUCCAAUUAGAAUUUUAUCAACUACAAGAAUGAGAUGUACUGGUGAAGUUUGGUAUGGUAAUGCUAUCUGUUUACAUCAAUCUAAAAUUGCUUUAGGUUUAAUGCUUUUAGUUGAUUUGUUAUUGUUCUUCUUAGAUUCUUAUAUGUGGUAUAUUAUUUGUAAUUGUGUUUUCUCCAUUGGUAGAUCAUUCUACUUGGGUAUUUCAAUUUUAACUCCUUGGAGAAAUAUUUUCACCAGAUUACCAAAGAGAAUUUAUUCUAAAAUUUUAGCUACUACUGAAAUGGAAAUUAAAUAUAAACCAAAAGUUUUAAUUUCCCAAAUUUGGAAUGCUAUUGUUAUUUCCAUGUAUAGAGAACAUUUAUUAGCUAUUGAUCAUGUUCAAAAAUUAUUGUAUCAUCAAGUUCCUUCCGAAGUUGAAGGUAAAAGAACUUUAAGAGCUCCAACAUUCUUUGUUAGUCAAGAUGAUAACAAUUUUGAUACUGAAUUUUUCCCAAGAAAUUCUGAAGCUGAAAGAAGAAUUAGUUUCUUUGCUCAAUCUUUAGCUACUCCAAUUUUAGAACCUUUACCUGUUGAUAAUAUGCCAACUUUCACAGUUUUCACUCCUCAUUAUUCUGAAAAGAUUUUAUUAUCUUUAAGAGAAAUUAUUAGAGAAGAUGAUCAAUUCUCCAGAGUUACUUUAUUAGAAUAUUUGAAACAAUUACAUCCUGUUGAAUGGGAUUGUUUUGUUAAAGAUACUAAAAUUUUAGCUGAAGAAACUGCUGCUUAUGAAAAUGGUGAUGAUCCAGAAAAAUUAAGUGAAGAUGGAUUAAAAUCUAAAAUUGAUGAUUUACCAUUUUAUUGUAUUGGUUUCAAAUCUGCUGCUCCUGAAUAUACUUUAAGAACAAGAAUUUGGGCUUCUUUAAGAUCUCAAACUUUAUAUAGAACAGUUUCUGGUUUUAUGAAUUAUGCUAGAGCCAUUAAAUUAUUAUAUAGAGUUGAAAAUCCUGAAUUAGUUCAAUAUUUCGGUGGUGAUCCAGAAGGUUUAGAAUUAGCUUUAGAAAAAAUGGCUAGAAGAAAAUUCAGAUUUGUUGUUUCAAUGCAAAGAUUAGCUAAAUUUAAAGAAGAUGAAAUGGAAAAUGCUGAAUUCUUAUUAAGAGCUUACCCUGAUUUACAAAUUGCUUACUUAGAUGAAGAACCUGCUUUAACUGAAGAAGACGAACCAAGAGUUUAUUCCGCUUUGAUUGAUGGUCAUUGUGAAAUGUUAGAAAAUGGUAGAAGACGUCCUAAAUUUAGAGUUCAAUUAUCUGGUAAUCCAAUUUUAGGUGAUGGUAAAUCUGAUAAUCAAAAUCAUGCUAUUAUUUUCCACAGAGGUGAAUAUAUUCAAUUAAUUGAUGCUAAUCAAGAUAAUUAUUUAGAAGAAUGUUUGAAAAUUAGAUCUGUUUUAGCUGAAUUUGAAGAAUUAAAUGUUGAACAUGUUAAUCCAUAUGCUCCAACUUUAAAGAAAGAAAAUAAUGUUCAACAAUUCCCUGUUGCUAUUUUAGGUGCAAGAGAAUAUAUUUUCUCUGAAAAUUCCGGGGUUUUAGGGGAUGUUGCUGCUGGUAAAGAACAAACUUUCGGUACAUUAUUUGCAAGAACUUUAGCUCAAAUUGGUGGUAAAUUACAUUAUGGACAUCCUGAUUUCUUAAAUGCUACUUUUAUGUUAACUAGAGGUGGGGUUUCUAAAGCUCAAAAAGGUUUACAUUUGAAUGAAGAUAUUUAUGCUGGUAUGACUGCUAUGUUAAGAGGUGGUAGAAUUAAACAUUGUGAAUAUUAUCAAUGUGGUAAAGGUAGAGAUAUGGGUUUUGGAUCUAUCUUAAAUUUCACUACUAAAAUUGGUGCUGGUAUGGGUGAACAAAUGUUAUCAAGAGAAUAUUAUUAUUUAUCAACUCAAUUACCUUUAGAUAGAUUCUUAUCUUUCUAUUUUGGUCAUCCAGGGUUCCAUAUUAAUAAUUUAUUGAUUCAAUUAUCUUUACAAACUUUUAUGAUUGUUUUAGCUAACUUGAAUUCUUUAGCUCAUGAAUCAAUUAUUUGUGCUUAUAAUAGAAAUUCUCCAAUUACUGAUGUUUUAUAUCCAAUUGGUUGUUAUAAUUUAAGUCCAGUUAUUGAUUGGAUUAGACGUUAUACUUUAUCUGUUUUCAUUGUUUUCUUCAUUUCAUUUAUUCCUUUAACUGUUCAAGAAUUAAUUGAAAGAGGUGUUUGGAAAGCUGCUCAAAGAUUUGUUAGACAUAUUAUUUCAUUAUCACCAAUGUUUGAAGUUUUCGUUGCUCAAAUUUAUUCAACUUCUUUAUUCACUGAUUUAACUACUGGUGGUGCUAGAUAUAUUUCAACUGGUAGAGGUUUUGCUACUUCAAGAAUUCCUUUCUCCAUUUUAUAUUCAAGAUUUGCUGAUUCUUCAAUUUAUAUGGGUGCUAGAUCAAUGUUGAUUAUUUUAUUCGGUUCAGUUUCUCAUUGGCAACCUGCUUUAUUAUGGUUCUGGGCUUCAUUAUCUUCAUUAGUAUUUUCUCCAUUUAUCUUUAAUCCUCAUCAAUUUGCUUGGGAAGAUUAUUUCAUUGAUUACCGUGAUUUUAUUAGAUGGUUAUCAAGAGGUAAUACUAAAUGGCACAGAAAUUCAUGGAUUGGUUAUAUCCGUCUUUCUAGAUCAAGAAUUACUGGUUUUAAACGUAAGUUAACUGGUGAUGUUUCUGAAAAAGCUGCUGGUGAUGCUACAAGAGCUCAUAGAUCUAAUAUUAUCUUUGCUGAUUUAUUACCAUGUGCUUUCUAUACUGCUGCCUUAUACGUUGCUUAUACUUUCAUUAAUGCUCAAACUGGGGUUACUGAUGAUCCUCAAGAAGUCAAUUCUACUUUAAGAGUGGUUAUUUGUGCUUUAGGUCCAGUUGUUAUUGAUGCUGGUUGUUUAGCUGUUUGUUUGGCUUUAGCUUGUUGUGCUGGUCCAAUGUUAGGUUUAUGUUGUAAAAAGACUGGUGCUGUUUUAGCUGGUUUCGCUCAUGGUGUUGCCGUCAUUGUUCAUUUAGUUUUCUUUAUUGUUAUGUGGGUAUUAGAAGGUUUCAAUUUCGCAAGAAUGUUAUUAGGUUUGAUCACCAUGAUUUACAUUCAAAGAUUAUUAUUCAAAUUCUUAACUUUAGCUUUCUUGACUAGAGAAUUCAAGAGUGACAAAGCUAACACUGCUUUCUGGACAGGUAAAUGGUAUAAUACUGGUAUGGGAUGGAGAGCUUUCACUCAACCAUCAAGAGAAUUCUGUGCUAAAAUCAUUGAAAUGUCAGAAUUUGCUGGUGAUUUCAUUUUAGCUCAUAUUAUCUUAUUCUGUCAAUUCCCAAUUAUUUGUAUUCCAUUAGUUGACAGAUGGCACUCAACCAUGUUAUUCUGGUUAAAACCUUCCAGAUUAAUUAGACCACCAAUUUAUUCAUUAAAACAAGCUAAAUUAAGAAAGAGAAUGGUUAGAAAAUAUGCCACUUUAUAUUUCGUUAUUUUAGUAAUUUUCAUUGCUUUAAUUGCUGCCCCAGCUGUUGCUGCUAGAUUUGUUCCUGAAGAUAUUGCUGAUACUAUUGGUAAUUCUAAAGGUCAAAUUACUUAUGGUUUAUUCCAACCAAGAAAAGUUGAUAACAAUGAUACUAAGAAUCCAUCUCGUGCUUACGCUAGUUCUUGGUCAUUUGCUAGUUAUAAACCAAGUAAGACUGAAGCUUAUACUUCAAAAGUCUAA